AUGUAAAGUGAGAGAAUAAAAUCAAAAAAGAGAGUUAAGCACUACGAAUUUUUGUAUGAUUCUAAAAUUGGUUCAGGUGCUUAUGCUAAUGUGUAUAUGGGGAGGGAUAUUUAUAAUGAUUCAAGUAGUUAUAUAUUAUAAACUAGCUGUGGCAAUAAAAAUAAUUAGUAAUAGUUUAAUUAAGAGUGAUUAUACAUCUUAAUAAAUAAAGAGAGAAGUAGAGAUAAUGAAAUCAUUUAAUCAUUAGAAUAUUGUGAAAUUAUUGGAUGUAUUUCAUAGCACAAACAAUAUAUAUAUAGUGACAGAAUAUUGUAAUGGAGGAGACUUGAAAGCUUAUUUAGGAUAAAGAACAUUAAGUGAGGAGAGAGCGCUUUAAAUAUUUAAAUAAAUAUUAAAUGGAUUGUAAGAGUUAUUAAGGAAUGGAAUAGUGCAUAGAGAUUUAAAACCUGCAAAUAUUCUACUGUAAGAUGGUAUUUUCAAAAUUACAGAUUUUGGAUUUGCCAAAAGAGUAUAAGUGGAUUCAACAAUGUCAUCUUUGGUUGGAACACCAUUAUAUAUGGCACCUUAAAUAUUGAAGAGAUAACCUUAUACAAGUAAAUCAGAUAUCUGGUCACUUGGAUUAAUUUUAUAUGAAAUGAUUUAUAAAAUUACUCCUUGGCAUUCAACUAAUGUAGUAGAAUUGCUGAAUAGAUUAGAUAAGGAACCAUUAAGAUUUCCAUUUUAACCAUAGAUAGAAUUAUUGACUAGAUAAAUAAUUAUGGGAUGUUUGGGUAAAGAAGAGAAGGAUAGAUGGAAUUGGGAAUAAUUGAUGAAAGCAGUUUAAGGAAAUGAGAAAUAACAAAUGUUGAAUAUCAAUUUGACUAAAGAAUUAUAUUAUGUCACCAAAAAACAAUAAAUGCAUAAAUAAUAAUCUCAAUAAAACUUAUAAGAAUAUUGUAGAACCAGUAGUACAUAAUCAUCUCCAAUAAGAUCAAUAAGUACUAAGAGAACUAAAACUAUUGCUAAUGAAAAUAAUAGUAGUGUUAUGCUAUCUGAGUUAAUCAAAAAAAAAUAAUAAAUCUACAAAAUAUUUGAGUUGCUUGAAAAGUCUUUUGAAAAAUUAACUAUUUUAAAGUUGGAUUAAUGUAAAUAAUAUUUAUAAGAACAGAGAUCAAGAUUAGUCUGUGCUAAUAUUGAAUAGAUUUAUAAUAAAGAAGAUGAAAGAGAAUUGAUUUAACAAUAAAAAAUACUUCAAUAAUAUUCAUCCAAUUUUAGUGUUUAGAUUAUGAUAUUACUUUUGAAGACUUAUAGAAAAAUCAUAAUAAACAAUUAUUCAACAGGAUCAUUGAUUUUAGAUUUUGCUGAGAGAUAAACAAUUGAGAAUUGUGCAGUUUUAAUUUAAAAUCAAUAAAAGUGA